AGUUGAAAAGCUUCCAGGAGAACAAAGAGAAAUGUUAGAUGAUGGACAUGAAGACCAAGUCUAUACUCUGACCCAAGUAACUUUUUAUGCCUUUCUUGGAUACAUAAUUCUUCUCGUUUUUGGGUUUACCCCUUUUACCGCACUUUCCUCCCUCUCUCCACAUUAAUCGGAGAAGAGAUGGGUUGGUUUCUAUGCUCCGGAGAAUCUUCAAACAAGAACAGACGUCCAGGAACUGCUUCUCAUCCUUCUGAUAAGUCGAAGCCGAAGAGUCGAUUGAAGUUUAAGGACGCAGGUGGUAAGGAUGAAGAAGCCGAACAAAUUCCUGGAAAGACUUUUACAUUCCGUCAAUUAGCGGCUGCUUGUAAAAAUUUUAGAGGCGAUUGUCUUGUAGGGGAAGGAGGUUUUGGAAGGGUAUAUAGAGGGCGGCUCGAUUCCAACCAGGAAGUUGCCAUAAAGCAACUUGACCGCAAUGGGCUGCAAGGAAACCGGGAAUUCCUGGUUGAAGUGUUGAUGCUGAGUCUAUUACACCAUCCCAAUCUUGUGAAUCUAAUUGGCUAUUGUGCUGAUGGUGAUCAGAGACUUCUGGUUUAUGAAUACAUGCCCUUAGGAUCUUUGGAAGAUCAUCUUCAUGAUCCUGUACCUGGAAAAAGCCAACUUGGUUGGAAUGUAAGAAUGAAAAUUGCGGCCGGAGCUGCAAAAGGGUUGGAGUAUUUGCAUGACAAAGCUAGCCCGCCUGUAAUAUACCGCGACCUGAAGUGCUCAAACAUUUUGCUUGAUGAGGGGUAUUUCCCUAAGCUGUCUGAUUUUGGACUGGCCAAGCUAGGGCCAGUAGGAGACAAUACACAUGUGUCUACCAGGGUAAUGGGUACUUAUGGAUAUUGUGCUCCGGAAUAUGCAUUGACUGGACAAUUGACUGUUAAAUCAGAUGUCUACAGUUUUGGCGUUGUGCUUUUGGAAAUCAUCACCGGAAAGAGAGCAAUUGAGAACUCGAAAGCUGGAAAGGAGCUGAAUCUUGUUGUAUGGGCGAAACCUCUCUUCAAAGAUCGGAAGAAGUUCAUGCAAAUGGCUGAUCCUAAGUUACAAGGGGUAUACCCAUUAAGAGGAUUGUACCAAGCCCUUGCAAUAGCAGCAAUGUGUGUUCAAGAUGACCCCGACCUGCGGCCUGCCAUAGCAGACGUAGUUACGGCCCUGGAUUACCUAGCCAUGCAAAAUUGUGAUGAAGAUGAUGACUCCUAAAUAGCACUUUUGGUUUCACUGCAAUAUGAGAAAGGUGAUGAUAACAAACAAAACGAUUCGAAUCGGUCCACCAUUGAAAGAAAUCGAAGUCGAGAAGGCUAAAGUGGAAUUGCAUGGUCAUUUUGAAGCAGAAUGGCUAUUUGCAAUUUUGCAGGCCUUGAUGAUAUUCCUUCUCAUAUUUUUGUUGUAAUCUUUUUGCUUUCUUUUUACACGUGUAUAGCAAGCAAACUACGUUGUGUAUUACAUAUUCAUAAUCUAAAAUGUUUUUACAUUAUUCAUUUACUACCAUUUGACGUUUCAUCACAUGUUUCUAA